AGCAUCCCUAGGGGGUAGGGCAGGUGGACCAGCAGCCUGUGUUCAGCUGCACUAUGCCCAGGCACCUUCUGGUCCAACGUGGAGAAGAGAAGCCCUGGUAGAGGAGUCUCCUGGACUGAAUAUUAAGAAGAAGAUCGUGGCAAAAAAGCUCAGCCCUGAUCUGGAAGAUGAAUGUCUCUCAUCAUGGGCUAAUCCAUCCCAGGAACCUGAGUUUGGGUACCUCCAGCAAUGAAUCCACCGGAGGAAAGAGCUCCUCAUCCUCCGGCUGCUAUGAGCAGCUCCUGAUCUCCACAGAGGUCUUCUUGACCCUGGGCAUCAUAAGCCUGCUGGAGAACAUCUUGGUGGUCACCGCCAUCGUGAAAAACAAGAACCUGCACUCGCCCAUGUACCUGUUCAUCUGCAGCCUGGCCGUGGCGGACAUGCUGGUCAGCGUCUCCAAUGCCACGGAGACCAUCGUCAUAGCGCUGAUCACCAACGACGAGCUGAACAUCCGCGUCAGCCUCAUCAAGAGCAUCGACAACGUAUUCGACUCCAUGAUCUGCAGCUCGCUGCUGGCUUCCAUCUGCAGCCUGCUGGCCAUCGCCGUGGACCGAUACGUCACCAUCUUCUACGCGCUGCGCUACCACAACAUCGUGACAGUGCGGAGGACGGCGGCCAUCAUCACCUGCAUCUGGACGUGCUGUACGGUGUCAGGCGUGCUCUUCAUCGUCUACUCGGAGAGCACCACCGUGCUCAUCCUCCUCAUCACCAUGUUCUUUGCCAUGCUAGCCCUCAUGGCGUCGCUCUACGUGCACAUGUUCCUGUUGGCGCGCCUGCACAUGAAGCGCAUCGCCGCCUUGCCGGGCAGCGCCCCCGUGUGGCAGGCGGCCAACAUGAAGGGCGCCAUCACUCUCACCAUCCUGCUGGGCGUCUUCGUGGUGUGCUGGGCCCCCUUCUUCCUUCACCUCAUCCUGAUGAUCUCCUGCCCACGGAACCCCUACUGCGUCUGUUUCAUGUCGCACUUCAACAUGUACCUCAUCCUCAUCAUGUGCAACUCCGUCAUCGACCCCAUCAUCUACGCCUUCCGCAGCCAAGAGAUGAGGAAGACCUUCAAGGAGAUCUUCUGCUGCUGGUACGGCCUCACCAGUUCCUGCAUCUGUGAAAUGCCCAGUGGCUGAGGGUCCUUCACAGAGAAACGACAACAUUCGCUUUUGACGCCUUAUGCCAGUUUAACGUUCCCCUCACUUCUCGGUAACGCGGUAGUUUGUGUCACCUUCCCUCCUCAGGAGGUAGGUCGGCUGAUGGAAAGACAGAAGCUUUCCGGUGGAUGUGCUUUCUAAUUUUAAAAAAUGCAUUAUGUGCCACGCAGAACAGCCUGGCUGCGGCUAUGACAUGUAUUUUAAAAACAUCCAUUUGGAUGCGUUCGAAGAGGAAAGAAAACCGAACAUGACAGAACGUUAAGCUUUAUUUACGAGGACAACGCGCAAACGGAAUAAUUUGGCACAAAUAUAUGGCGACGCACUUUAUAGGACGAACACGCAUACCGAUAGGUGUAUGGAGCAGAAAACUAUAAAAUGAAAUGUUUGCAUGGCCGCUUUGGUGUUCCAUCGCACAGUUUAUGGCUAAAAUGAACAAAUAAUCAGUUUCUGUAAACAUGAAACACGUAUAGUUAUGCUAUCCGAAUGUGCCAGCUUCUGAUUUCCCGGUGUCCGCGUAAAGUUGCGCGUUUGCGGAUCCGUGUGCGCGUUCUGUGUGACCUGAGCGCGGAGGCGCCCCGCCGCCUUAAUUCUGUCCUUUCCCGAUUUCCUGUGCAUGUUGUGGUAUCAGGCUGCUUGUUGUCCUUAAGCUGUGAAAUAACGACCUUUCAUUAUCGGUGUCGGAGUGGAUGUAUAGUUUUAAUAAAUAAUAAUGACUUGUC